AUGCUCUUCACUCGCACCGCCUUUCUGGCGGCUUUGGCUAGCUAUGCCUACGCCCAAACCUCGACUGACUGCAACCCGUUGAACACAACAUGUCCCGCCGAUCCCGCACUCGGUACCGAGCACACCUGGAACUUCAACACGACGUUGGACGACAAGGUCUGGGAUAUGCAAACCGGAGACUACGAAUACGGUGACGAUGGUGCUGAAUUCACCUUGUCCGGCGAAGGAACCUCCACCCUCCUUUCAUCGAACUUCUACAUCUUCUUCGGUGUCGUCGAAUCCCACGUUAAGAUGGCCAAGGGUGCCGGUCUCGUCAGCAGUGUCGUCUUGGAGUCCGAUGACCUUGACGAGGUUGAUUGGGAAUGGGUUGGAUACAACACCAGCGAGGUGCAAUCCAACUUCUUCGGCAAGGGUAAUGAUUCUUCGUUCGAUCGUGGUGGUAACCACUACGUGGCGAACGCCGACACCGAGUUCCACAACUACACCACCUACUGGGAUGAGGAGAAGCUGCAAUGGUGGAUCGACGGAGACAUGGUGCGCGAGCUGAAGUACGACGACAAGGGUACUGUGGGCGGAACAAACUAUCCUCAGACCCCCUGUCGGGUUAAGUUCAGUCUCUGGCCUGCCGGUACCAAGAAGGCUGCCCAAGGUACCAUUGAUUGGGCUGGUGGUCUGGUCGAUUGGGAUGACGCUCCCUUCACCAUGGUGCUCGGAAAACUCCGUGUCAAGGACUUCCACUCUGGCAAGGAGUACACUUACGGAGACCACUCGGGUUCCUUUGACAGCAUUAAGGUUGCGGAUGGAAACUCUACCGUCCUGGAAGAACUAAACAAGCCCCCUCCUAAGAGCACCGCCGAGAAGUGGAAUGACCUAGGCCAGGGUGCUCACAUCGGAAUCUACUGUGGUGCCGCUGCUGCCUGCGCCAUCGCCAUCGCCGGAUUCUUGGUCUUCUGCCUGCGCCAGCGCCGCAAGGGUCGUCUCGAGCACGCCCUUGACAACAACCAGUACGCCGAGAACCGCAAUGAGAUGCAGAACUUCCAGAACGACUGGAAAGCUAGCGAGUUCAAGAACGGUGGCUACAAGCAAGUCAACAAUUAG